AUGGAUAAUUCUCUCUUGUCAUGUUUACUUCGCUCCUUCUGCUUCCUCUUCCUUUUCUUUCUUCCAACUGCUAAGUCAAUUUCUUUCCAGAUAAAUCGCUUUGAUCCGAAUGACCUCAGCAUAAUCUAUGAAGGAGAUGCAACGACUUAUGUUGGAGUCAUUGAUUUUACCAGUGAAUUAUACUUUUGCCACAUCGGUAGAGCUACAUAUUCACAAAAAGUGCCUCUUUGGGACCCUGAUACUAGAAAACUUGCUGACUUCAAUACCCAUUUCUCCUUCACUAUUGACAUAGAAGGCCGUGCCUUGCACAAUUAUUCUGCAGGACUUGCUUUCUUCAUCGCUCCUGUGGGAUUCUCAAUCCCACUGAAUUCAGCUGAUGCUUACUUAGGCCUAUAUAGCACCACAACAAGCGGCUCUUCCAAGAAUCAGAUUGUUCAUGUAGAGUUCGACACCUUUUCGAAUCCAGAAUGGGAUCCUCCUUAUGAGCACAUUGGUAUCAACAAGAACUCAAUUGCUUCUGCAGUUACAACUUUUUGGAAUGUUACCCUUCACAGUAAUGAUAAUGCUGAUGUAUGGAUUACAUACAAUGCCACUACUAAGAAUUUCAGUGUGUCGUGGACCUUUCAGGCAACCAAUGAUCCUAAUGAGAAUUCUAGCCUUUCCUACAUCAUCGACCUAAUGGAGGUUUUACCGGAGUGGGUCUCGAUUGGAUUUUCAGCGGCUACAGGUUAUAACAUGGAACGACAUAAUUUGAAUUCAUGGGAGUUCCAUUCAAGUUUGAAUAUCAAGGAGACAAGGGAAAAUCAAGCUAGAACAAGGAGACCAAUAAUACGUCUAGCAGUUUCACUAGUAGGAGCUUUGAUAGCCGGGGUGAUUAUAGCAUCAGCUGUUCUGUGGAAAAGGAAGCAGAAGAGGAUGGAAACAGAAGAGACAACGAUGAACAUGACAUCGUUCAAUGAAGACCUUGAGAGGGAAGCAGGACCAAGAAGGUUCUCAUACAAGGAUCUUGCUUCAGCGACAAAAAACUUCUCAAGUGAAAGAAAAUUGGGCGAGGGAGGAUUUGGUGCAGUCUAUAAAGGAUACUUGAAUGAUCUAAGUAUUCCAGUUGCUGUCAAGAAGAUUUCAAGAGGUUCUAAACAGGGGAAAAGGGAGUAUAUAACUGAAAUAAGGGUCAUUAGCCGGUUAAGGCACCCGAAUCUGGUUCAGCUCAUUGGUUGGUGCCAUGAUAAACACGAAUUCCUUCUUGUUUAUGAGUUCAUGCCAAAUAGAAGCCUUGACUCUCACCUAUUUGGCAAGAAGCCUCCCCUCACUUGGGUUUUGAGGUACAAGAUCGCCCUUGGAAUAGCAUCUGGAUUGCUAUAUCUUCACGAAGAGUGGGAGCAGUGUGUAGUGCAUCGCGAUAUCAGAUCAAGUAACAUAAUGUUGGAUUCUAGUUUCAUUGUCAAGCUUGGUGAUUUCGGCUUGGCUCGACUCAUUGACCAUGAGGUAAGUCUUAUGUCAACUGGGUUAGCAGGAACUUUUGGCUACAUGGCUCCUGAAUAUGUAUGCACUGGUAGGGCUAGCAAAGAAUCAGAUGUGUAUAGCUUUGGAGUGGUGAUCCUGGAAAUUGCCACUGGAAGAAAGGCUACCAAUAUCAUAGAAAAUAACUCAAGAUUUGCUUUGGUAGAGUGGAUUUGGAGUCAUUAUGGUCGUGGAGAUCUUCUUUUGGCUAUUGAUGAGAGACUGCACGGGGGUGGUUUCGACGACAAACAAGUGCAGUACUUGAUGAUUGUUGGACUCUGUUGUGCUCAUCCUAAUCACCGUCUAAGGCCUUCGAUGAGGCAGGCUAUUCAAGUUCUAAACUUUGAGGCUCCACUACCAGAUCUCCCAAUGCAGAUGCCUGCUCUUGCAUAUCAUGCUCAUCCACAAUCAUCUCCAACCAGCACUGAUGGACUUUUGACAUCUUACUCAAGCCUUGAAUACGGUCGCUAA